ACCAAAUUUUUAAAAAUAAACCCUAACAAUUUUGGUUAGAACAUGUUUUUCUUUUAUUAAUUACUUCUGACAAAAAUAAAUAAACAAAUUAUGGACGAAUUAUUAUUAAUUAGUUUAGCAGUUUUAGCACUGAUUGGGAUAAUUUUAAUUACGUUCUUAAAAAAUAAGGGAACAAAAGAUAAACCAUCACAGCCUGAGACAAAUCAACAGAAUGUAGUACCAGAUGCUAGAGCAAGACGGCUACAAGGAGCUAGAAAUCAAAGAGCUCGUUUACGAGUAAAUGCUCGUAAUCAAGCAGAAGGAAAUGAUGAAAACUUUGACGAUAACAAUGCUGCACCAGCUGAAGUUCCCAACGAUAUAGAUCCUGUUGAAUUUGAAAAAAUGGGUGCAAAGAAACGAGCAAAAUUAGAGGCCAAAGCGGAAAAGAAAGCACACCGGGAGGCAGAAGAAAAAUCACGUGAAGAGAAAAAGAAACGACAAGCAGCUGAAGAUGAAGAAAGGCGUAAACAAAGUGAACGUGAAGCAUUGGAAGAAAAACGUCGUGAAGAAGAGCAACGUAAAAUACAAGAAGAAAAGGAACGUAGAGAUCAUGAAGAAUAUUUAAAAAUGAAAGCUGCAUUUAGUGUCGAAGAAGAAGGUUAUUUGGAAGGUGAAUCGGAAAAUCCAGAAAAUCUGUUACAGGAAUUUGUACGAUACAUAAAAACUAAUAAAGUUGUAAUCUUAGAAGAUUUAGCAUCAAAUUUUAAAAUGAAAACACAAUCUGUUAUUGAUCGUAUCCAAGAUUUACAGAAAGAUGGUUUAUUAACAGGCGUUAUUGAUGAUCGUGGUAAAUUUAUUUAUAUCACUGAAGAUGAAUUAAAAGAUGUUGCGAAAUUCAUUAAACAACGUGGACGUAUUUCAAUUGCUGAAUUAGCUGAAAGCAGUAAUCAAUUAAUUCAUUUAGUUACCAGGAGUGGCCGCCAUAUUUAA